AUGGACCGCGAGUCCUUCUCCCCGACGUUCGAGACGACGCCGAACAAGUUCCUCGGCGCCGGCGCCGACGACAUCAUCAUCAAGGACUACCAGAACGCGCAGUACUACGGCGAGAUCUCCGUGGGCACGCCGCCCCAGAACGUCGCCGUCGUCUUCGACACGGGGUCCUCGAACCUCUGGGUGCCCAACAAGAAGCCCUUCCUCUCGAAGCACGCGAUCUACGAGAACAAGAAGUCGUCGACGUACGUCAAGAACGGCACGGAGUUCAAGAUCCAGUACGGCAGCGGCCCCGUCUCCGGCGAGUACUCCCGCGACACCGUGGCCAUCGGCGACUACAGCGUCGCCAACUACCUCUUCGCGGAGGUCGACGACACGUCGGGCCUCGGCAUCGGCUACCGCCUCGGCCACUUCGACGGCAUCCUCGGCCUCGCCUGGGGCGGCAUCUCCGUCGACGGCGUGCCGACGCCCCUCGAGGCCCUCGUCGCCUCGGGCCAGCUCGACGACGAGGUCUUCGCCUUCUCCCUCGGCGACGACGCCGACGGCGAGCUCGUCAUCGGCGGCGUCGACGACUCCAAGUACGAGGGCGACUUUUCCUACGUGCCCCUGUCCCAGAAGUCCUACUGGGAGGUGACCCUCGACGGCCUCGCCGUGGGCGCCUCCGGCAACAUGACGACGGCCGUCAAGGCCAUCGUCGACUCGGGCACGUCGCUCCUCGCGGGCCCGACGGCCGAGGUGAAGAAGAUCGCGGAGCAGAUCGGCGCCAAGUCCGUGCUCGGCAAGGAGUACACCAUCGACUGCGACGCCAAGGCCGACGACAUCGUCUUCACCCUCGGCGGCAAGGACUACGCGCUCGCGCUCAAGGACUACGUCAUCGAGGACGCGGGCCAGUGCCUCUUCGGCAUGAUGGGCAUCGACAUCCCGGCGCCCAACGGCCCCUUGUGGAUCCUCGGCGACGUCUUCAUGCGCAAGUACUACGUCAAGUUCGACAUCAAGGGCGAGCAGAUCGGCAUCGCCACGGCCAAGUCGUCCAAGGCCGACGUCGGCUACGCGACGGCCUAG